AGCAACUUGCUGUUCAGCCCGGAAUUCUUCUUCUUCUUCUUUUAUACCGGCACAACUGUCACUCGUCAUAACUAACUACACUAUGGCCGAAAACGGGACUACAGAGAAUGGACAGCCGCUGAAAAAAAUGCCUCCCCUCCCUCACCCUAUCAAAAAUCUUGAAGUCAAGUACACUAAGAUUUUCAUUAAUAAUGAGUGGCAUGAAUCCAUGAGUGGUAAAAAAUUUGCUACCUAUAAUCCUGCAACAGAAGAAAAAAUCUGUGAUGUGGAAGAAGGGGGCAAGGCAGAUAUAGAUAAAGCAGUAAGAGUAGCAACAACAGCCGCAUUCCAAAGAGGUUCUCCAUGGAGGCAAAUGGACGCCUCUGGGCGAGGAAAACUCAUUCAAAAACUGGCAGACCUUUUGGAGCGUGACAGAGUAACUAUAGCAACCUUAGAAACAAUGGACACAGGAAAACCCUUUUUGCAAGCAUUCUUCAUUGACAUGGAAGGCUGCAUAAGAACACUUAGAUAUUAUGCUGGAUGGGCAGAUAAAAUCCAAGGCAAAACUAUCCCUGUGGAUGACAGUGUCCUGUGUUUUACCAAGCAUGAACCAAUGGGUGUUUGUGGAAGCAUCAUUCCAUGGAACUUUCCUCUAAUGAUGCUUGUUUGGAAAAUAGCACCAGCUCUGUGUUGUGGCAACACAGUGGUUUUAAAACCAGCUGAACAAACACCGCUAACAGCACUCUACAUUGGAGCACUUAUUAAGGAAGCAGGUUUCCCGCCAGGUGUUGUGAAUAUCAUACCAGGAUACGGACCCACAGCUGGUGCUGCUAUUGCACGUCAUAUGGACAUUGACAAAGUCGCCUUCACUGGAUCAACUGAGGUUGGAAAACUUAUCAAAGAAGCCUCUUCAAAAAGCAACCUAAAACGUGUGACACUGGAGUUAGGAGGGAAAAACCCAUUCAUUGUGUUUGCAGAUGCUGAUAUGGAUCUGGCAGUAGAACUUGCCCAUCAAGGAGCAUUCUUCAACCAGGGCCAGUGUUGCACAGCUGCCUCACGGAUAUUUGUUGAAGAGUCAAUAUAUGAUGAGUUUGUCAAGCGCAGUGUGGAUAUCGCAAAGAAGAGAGUAAUCGGAGAUCCGUUUGAUUUUAAAACAGAGCAUGGCCCACAGAUUGACCAGAAGCAGUUUAACAAAAUUAUGGAGUUGAUAGAAAGUGGAAAAAAGGAAGGUGCCAAGUUGGAAUGUGGUGGGUCAGCACUGAAAGACCGAGGACUUUUUAUACACCCCACAGUUAUGUCUGAGGUCACAGACAACAUGCGUAUUGCAAAAGAAGAGAUCUUUGGACCAGUACAGUUGAUAAUGAAGUUCAAAAAUCAAGAAGAGGUAAUCCGAAGAGCCAAUAACACAGAGUAUGGUCUGACAGCAGCAGUAUUCACAAAAAGCCUGGACAGGGCACUGGCGUUAUCUUCAGCACUACAGUCUGGAACGGUCUGGGUUAACUGCUAUAAUGCUCUACAUGCUCAGGCUCCUUUUGGUGGAUUCAAGAUGUCAGGACAUGGGAGAGAACUAGGAGAAUAUGCUCUAGCAGAAUAUACGGAAGUUAAAACAGUCACCAUUAACAUUUCACCUAAAAAGCACUGAAAGCUACAAAGCAGAUAAGGACAGCAAAAGAGGCCAGCUUCAUGUUCGGCAUCACUGCCUAUUUGUCUUUAUGAAGGACUGAGUUACUAGACAAAUAGCACUUGCUAAAAUAUGAAACUAUUUAUAGUUCUUCAGACAGUGGAACUUAAAUUUUAAAACAAGCCAGUUUGUUAAAAAGUUAAA